AUGUCAUAAACAGAACUCAAACAAUUACAUGACUCUAAUUAAGUAUUAAACAAACUCAAACCAAUCUUAAAGAACAAUUAAACCAAUUAUUUCAGUCCUUAAACAAGAACAGACUUUGCUGGCAAUCAAAUUAUUAAAGGAGGUAAUCAUAAAAUUGUAUUCUUACCGAUCUCAAAUUAAUAAUCUCCUAAUGUUCCAACUUCUAACAAUAUUCAAAUCAAUAGUGAGUCUUCUGAAUCAGAUUAAGAAAUUAUACAAAAUAACAACAAUUCUAAAGAUUAACCCUUUCUUUGUUUAAAAUAAAAAUAAUAUCAAUAGACCUAACCACUUAUUGUUAAUGAAUCAAGAUGUUGUUUAAUAUUUUGA